AUGCGUUUGCUAUUUACAGCGGCGGCUUCCGCACAAUCUACCUUAAUUGUCCACCACCUGAACAAUUCUCGUUCUCAAAGGAUCCUUUGGUUACUUGAAGAGUUGGAGGUGCCCUAUGAGAUCAAGCUUUACCAGCGCACAGCCGAGUUGCUUGCUCCCAAGGAACUUCUCGACAUCCACCCCCUUGGCAAGUCUCCCGUAAUCACAGAUGGAGACGUAACGUUGGCUGAAAGUGGCGCAAUCGUUGAAUAUAUCAUCUCUAAAUAUGGCGGUGGCAAAGCUUCGCCUCCUGAUGCCGGGAAAAUUGAUAACCUCUACUUCUCUCACUAUGCAGAGGGCACAUUGAUGCCCUUGGCCGUCAACAAGCUCGUCUUCAGCAUUGUUCCAGGGCGUAGCCCCUUUUUAAUCAGGCCAAUCGUUCGGACUGUGUUCGAUCAACUCACUAACAGACUCGUUAAUCCUCAACUCAAGAGAAAUCUCGAUCUGGUGGAGGCUCACCUUGCCAAGUCCGGUAAUUUCUUCGCUGGAGGUAACGAGCCGACUUCCGCAGACUAUAUGAUGCUAUUUCCCUUGGAAGCCUUGACCGCUCGUUCGAAAGAGCAUAUCGGGCCGAGGGUUCAAGAAUGGGUCAACCGUAUCCACGAAAGGCCUGCCUACAAACGAGGAAUCGAAAAGGGAGGACAGUACGACUAUGCCUGA